AUGUUUGUUGGAACGGGUACCGCAAGGUUUUUCGCCACAAAAGCCCAAAAGGCAGCAAAUGCAGGACAGCAGCACGGCCGUUUUACUGGCUAUGACCACGUCGUGCUCGUGAACCGAGUGAAUGCGCCGCGACGACCUCGCGGUAACACGCGAAACGCUUCCAGUGCCUUGCGCAUUCAGCAGCCUCUAUCACUUUCAGCGAACUUGUUCCGGAACGAAAAGAAAAAUGAUUGGCCACGCUGUUUCCCGCAGGUGCUCUGUGGGCUUCUAGUGGCGUUGCAGCUCCAGUCGAGCGAUUGCACGGUGUUCGCGAGCGCGAACCCCACCGAGAACGCUGGUACGGCACCGCUCGAAGCAGAGCCAUACCUGAAACAAGGGCGACCCGUCCCAGCGACGACUGAGCCACUGACUCUGGGUCAUGCCGCGGAUGUUGAGCACCGCGUCACGCGCGACGCUACAGGCACCCUGAUUCCCCUCGACAUUGUGCAGCUGCGGGCACCGCGCGACGUUCGCUCGCCGCCAGUUCGGUCACGAGAUGCCGUGCUUGUCCGGUACGUCGCGUUCCUUGAAGAUGGAACUGUGAUCGAAGACAAGAGAAACGGCAAAACUCCGGUUUUCUUCCGGGCGGGCACUGCAACCCUGCCGGCGGCUGUCGACUUGGGGGUGGAGGGUAUGCGGGUCGGCGAGCAGCGACGUGUUCGCGUCCGAGCGGUGGACAACUUUCACGGAGUGAAUCUGCGGCUAGGCGCUGCUGCUGUGGUACCACGUGAGAGUACCCUUUAUUAUGACAUAGAGCUGGUCGGGAUCAAUCCGUAUUCGUAA